AAAUAAUGCAAGUUGUACGUAUUUUCUUUGUCACACUGCAAUGCAUUUUGCUAGCAUAGGAAACGGCCCCAGUUUAUAAUACGGUGAAAUUCUGGGAGAAAAUGGGGAAAAGAAGAAAGGUAAAAAUUCUAUUUUCGGCAUUGUCAGAAAUCUUGUCUGUCCACUUAUGUCAGGUAUAAGUACAUACGACUGCCGAAGCAUAAGGCCUUGGCACCACAGUGUUUCACUAUGAAUAUAGAAAGAUUUAUAUACAGUAACUGCAUUAUUUACUUUAGGAUGGGAGGUGGCAGUAUAAGGGUAUGCUAAUUAGCUCGAGGUUUUUGGAGGAAGGGGUGGAAUAUCAAUUUUUAUUGCAUCACCUGUCAGGAGUGUCCAAUCAGCGUUGGCUUUCGGGGAAUUAAUUGAUGAAGGUGUCUCCGGACGAGCUCACUUCACUCUGUCAUUUUAUUUGUAGCCAAAGCAGCGGCGGGAAUAGCAGCUGUAGUGCUGUUCUCUGUCUCCGUUCACCUUUCACUGUUCUGGAUAUAACAAUCAAGACUGCGACAGAAAAAAUGCUCAGCAGGAUGCCUUGAAACCCUACUACACACUGGACCUCUUAUUGUUUGCAGCAGAUGCCAGGGAUGCUGAAUGCGCGAGAUGGGGGACCUGGAGUCGGGUUAUGAAGAGGUGGACGGCGUCAGGCUGGGGUAUCUCAGAAUUAAGGGGAAGCAAAUGUUUGCGCUGUCCCAAGUUUUCACUGACCUGCUCAAAAACAUCCCAAGGACUACCGUACAUAAACGAAUGGAUUAUCUAAAAGUGAAGAAACAUCACUGUGAUUUGGAAGAACUAAGGAAGCUAAAGGCAAUAAAUUCCAUAGCGUUCCAUGCAGCCAAAUGCACUCUAAUAUCCCGUGAAGAUGUGGAGGCUCUGUACACUUCAUGCAAAACUGAACGGGUUCUGCGACGGAAAACGAGAAAAAUUGGUCAUAGCCCCACAGCUAAGGAGUGUGGGGGCUAUGAUCAGGCUACAAAUGACCCAUGUCCUAGAUUGUGGAAAGAAAAUCAAAUAUGGUUUGACAUAAAAGAAGGGCAUCAACCUUUAUCGAUUAAAAGGAAGUCGUGCAGUCUGGGGACAGCCGGCUUUCUACCGGCUUCUAAUCUACCUCACAUUUUUAGUAAAUACACUGGUCAAUGUUAUCCUGAAAAAACACGAUCAACUUGUAAAACUCCACUGAACUAUGAAACUACUCCAAUCGCCAGCAACUAUGUAGCAUUUCACCCAUCUGGACCCUAUUUUCGAAGUGUGCAGGUUUGCAGCAGUAAGGUACAUCCAGCCUUCUACCAAUCCGCCAUUGCACAGCCCAAGUUUAAUAGCUGUGAUACCACUGGAUUGAUUUGCAAAUAUAAACGAAAAAGAUCACGCAAAAACAAUGUGGAAAUAACAAACUUCGGUUUUAAUAAUAACACCAAACGAGUCCUACUGCUUCCUAAGUCCUGCAGAUCCAAAGUCUCCAGCAGUAGUAGUCUUGGUGACGGCAGCAGCUGUCCAGACCCAUUCCAAUUUUUAAAUGGAUUGUAUCAGAGUCAUCACCAGGGAACUUUUCAAGAGAGCUACAGCAGCGACUCGGAAUCAAGCUCAUACUCGGACUUUGCUGACAAUGAUUCAGACGUUGGAUCUAGCUUGUCCAGCACCAGCAACUCUGCCUCUUCAGAAGAAGAAGAGGAAGAACGCACAGUGUCGGAGUCCUCUGAUGCCACAUCUGAGGAGGACACCACUUCUGAUACAGAUUCCAGCUCCGUCUCCAGUCAGGUCUCACUGCAGAGCAUCCGCUUCAGGCGCACCAGUUUUUCCAGCCUCCAUACCAAACCCCCAGUCUUAGCACAGGCUAACUUUCUGUAUCAGUUUCAGACCAAAAACAACGGUUUGGAGACCACACGACGGGACGAGUCGGCAGACAACAAAGCUGCACUGUGUGACUUCAAACCAGACCCCAGCGAGAAAAGAAGCAGUACAAGUUGGACUCCUAAACUCCGAAAUGGAUGCUGCUCUUCCAAUCCUGGGGGCUGCUUACCGGAGAUAAAGAAGGACAUACUAGAUGAACUUUCCUUUCCCAGCUCUGAAUUUCCAAAUGAUACACCAGGAAUCGCCCAAACCAUUAGCUGCGUAAAAGAAGAUGCCUCUUCGCCUAGGCCAAAGAAAUUUAGAGAACUGCAAGAACAAAACACGUUUAAAGAAGAAAAGACGUGUUCUCCAGAAAGUACGGUACAAUGUGAAGAACAAAAUACACUGGACUUUACGCGGUCUGUCAAUGAGUCUUUAGCAACAGAGCAAGCAGCAAAAGACUUGAGAACAAAUAGUAACUGUGUCCCAUUAUCUGCAGAGUUACAACUUUUAAAAUCCGACCUGGAACAGGAGGUUUUACCUACAGAUCGGUGCAACCAAGAGGAAAGAAAGAUAAGUUUUCUGCCCACGGUUAAAAUCAAAGUCGAGGAGAACAGCGAGGACGAGUAUGAGCCUAGAAUCCCAACUGCAGAUGCUAAGCUGAAGUCAGAGUGCAAUGCAUGCCAGGAGGAAUUUGGGACUGUGACAGAGGUCACGCCUCGGGAUACAGCCUCUGAGGUAACAGAGGACUCAAAAGGCCCUGAAAAACAAACUCUUUUGCCCAAUGUAUUGACACCAAGUAGGAAACUUCCAUGCACUUUAGACUCCAGAAGAGCGGAGGCUGGAGAGUAUAAGUAUGGUGCAAGGGUAAGGAAAAAUUACAGGAGGCUAGUGCUUGGCAAACGACCUGCAUUGCAGGACACACUGACGAAACCAAAUCUGAAAUCCGACCGGGGUCCCCGUCCUGCAGGUAAAACUGAGAUACAGGAAGGCACACUAGAAGAUCAAACGGUUACAAACCGACGCAAAAGGUUAGCCAAUAAUGUAGCAUCAACAAUAAAAAGGCCUUUUAAUUUCAUGGCAAAUUUUCCUUCUCCACCGUCACUAAUUAUUGGCAGUGACGGCGAUCUGGUUCCAGCUUAUUCAUUAAACACUACUAAGAAUUCACAGCCACCCCCCAAGGCCCAUCCUGUUUGGAAAUGGCAGUUGGGUGGCUCUGCAAUACCUCUUCCACCAAGCCACAAAUUCAGGAAAUUUAAUUUAUAACAAAACUUGAACGUGGAAUGCCACUUAGCCUGCGUCUCCAAACGCUCGUUACCUUUUUUAUUGUCUUAAACUGAACCUUCGAUAUACAUGACGGUGCUGAUUUUUUUACCCUGGAAUACUGUAAAAGAAGUUCCCAAUUGGAUUAAUGGUUUGUUUACUAAGACAUUUUUUAUAACAUUCCACAAACUACCUUGAAGAUGGUUCUCUGAAGUCAAACGUGGAGCUGGAACUCUAUUGUUUUGUUUAUAAUAAUAAACGUGUAUUGUGUACCUCACAUGCAGAUACAUUCAAAGGGAGAUGAACAGAACACAAAUGAGCCAUUAAAUGUAUGCACUACAGUCCAAACUGAAGUUUACUUAUGAAUUCAUUGACCGUUUUCAAAGUACAAGAUUGCACACAAGAUGAAUGUUUUACUAUGGUUAUAUGUGGCAGUGCCGAAAUGUGUGUGUGUGUGUAUGUGUGCGUGUGUGUGUGUGUGUGUCUGUACGCACACACGCACGAUCUCCACAUUCUCUGUAUUUUGAGAUUAUGGUACUACGGAAGAAAGGCUGUUUCUAGUUCGGAGCUGUUGCACUUCACUUUUAAGUUAAUGCAAAAUUAUUUUAUUUUAAAUACAAUUAGAGUAACAGUAUUGCGUUAUUUUAAACACUGCCAUAUCUAAACCUAGUAAAAUAUAUCGGUAUUUAUUUUGGUUAAGAUCAUUUGUUUUUAUGUUGGAACCGUUUCUCUUUCUUUCUAUUUAAAAUUGUCUUGCAUUGCACUUGAAGGUCUUAACUAAGAAGGGUACUGUUUCUCCAACAAGUUUCACAACUAGCUGAGAUGUGUUACACACGUGCAUUACAAUUUUUAUGGCCCAGUUUGUUCCAUCCACAAGGCAAAGGACAAGGACUUUACCACUGUACUGUACAACGAAUAACAUUUAAAGGGGAUUAUUAUUGGCACAAAUAUAGGUAAAAGUCGUUGCACAAUAAUUAUUGGGAGACAAUUGUUAUUUACUGAAGAUACUGCUCAGGCAAUAUGCCAUUGUUUUACAUCGCAAACUUGGGAAGAGUUUAUUUUUCCCAGAUAACGUUUAUCAGGAUCAUGAACAAUGCAGGUGACAAUCAUAUGGAAUUAUUUACCUUUGCACUUGAAAGUCGACAACCAGAACAAAUUACAAAACUGUUUUAGUCUAUACAUGGGUACAGCGUAUUAUGUAAUAUGCUGGUGGGAUGAAACAGUAAAUCUGAAAUAUGAAAAUAUUGCACUGUUAAAAACUGGUUUAGCUUUAUUUUUAAAUUAAAGAUGCAGAUGUUUGCAAAUGUUGUUCCCUUUUUCUACAUAUUGAAUAUUGUGUUGUGAUAGGUACUAUAAUGUUGUGUAAGUUUUUGUGGUAGUGUUUUUCCUUCUACAGGUAAAAUGCAAAACACGGGUCAACGUAUUAUUUAAGUUUGAUAAUCUAGUUGUAG